GACGCGCCAUUGUGGUGGGUACUGGAAUAGUUGGUGAUUUUUGAGUGUCAUAAUGACCAGUCUGCGUGUUUUUAUUAACUUUUAAGGCACAAAUGGAUAUAUUUUUUACAUUUGCUUUAGUGAAAAUAACAACUGUGACAAUAAUGUGUGCCGAACCUUUUAUACCUGACUAAAAGGCAACUUUGAGUCACCACGGCUCGUUUUAAUAAAUUCGUGAAGAGGGCCAGUGAUGGAGGUCGGGGCGCGUGCCUUAGACGUGUUGCCCCUCCUUCAGGAGCGGGUGGCCUCGCUCACUGGCGGCCGGGAUCGUCGCGGAGGACCUAUUAUUUGGUUUCCUGCAAAUUCGAGACGCGAUCGCGUCGCUCCAGAUGACUACCGCCGUUUGCUACAUUAUCUUAUCAGUAUACCUAGUGAUCCUGCUAGAUCUCAUGGAUUUACAAUUCUUAUUGACAUGAGAGGUUCAGCAUGGGCUGCUAUAAAGCCAAUAUUGAAAGUACUGCAGGAGCAUUUCUCUUCAUCCGUCCACCAGGCAUUGGUUGUCAAACCUGACAACUUCUGGCAAAAGCAACGCACAACAAUAGGAGCACAUAAGUACAAGUUUGAGACAACAAUGAUUAGCUUAGAAGCACUUCCCAAAGUUAUAGAUACUUCACAAUUAACACCAGAUUUAGAUGGUACUCUUCAAUAUGACCAUGCACAAUGGAUAGAUCUGAGACUAGCUUUAGAAGAAUUAAUGUGGCAAGCAGGCGAAUUGCUUGAUCGACUUGAUGAUUUACAAGAAGACGUAGCAAGGGCAGAUUUUGCUGAUGAUGUGACUGGCGCAAGACGAGCUAUAGAUGCCCAUGCUGACAUCAACAAACGACUGGCGAAAGUACCCGUUGACGAACUAGAAGCACAGGGCGAACGCGUAGUGCAGCGACUGGAAACAGCGGCGGCUGCGUGUGCGGAAGCAAGCGGUGGUGGCGCAGCUGAAGCUGCCUUCCACUGCGGAUCUCCUGCCGCUCUUCGUGCGCAACUGUCCGCUGUGCGAUCGGCACACGCGCACGCGCACAAACUAUGGCAACACAAGAAGAUGCAGCUCGAUCAAUGUUUUCAGUUGAGACUUUUCGAACAAGAUUGCGAGAAGAUGCUGGAAUGGAUAGUCAAUCAUCGUACAGCGUUUCUGGCCACAUACGUCGAAAUCGGUCGUUCCUGUGCUGCAGCUAAACGUCUUCAGGAGGAGCAUGCGAGGUUCGCAGCAGCUUGUACGGGUGGCGGGCGACCCAGCGUCGCUCGGGUUACUGCUGCUGCACGUCGUCUUGCGGAUAAAAGGCACUACGCGGAACCGCAGAUUACAGCGCUUGCGCACCGCCUUGAACGGGCGUAUAAGCAACUUUCAGCAGGUCUGGAGGAACGCUCGGCAGUACUAUCUCUAUCGGUGGUGUUCCACCACAAGGCGGAAGCGUACGCGGGCGCUGUGGGCGGAUGGGGCGCACAGUGCGCAGUGGCGCUACAGCUGGCGGCGGGCGGGCCUGGCGCACCUCCGUGCUCUGACCCGCGCGCACUCGAACAACACGCGCAGCGACACCGACAGCUAUAUGAACACAUGUGCCAAGCUUACACCGAAGUCCACUCAACGAGUAAAAAAUUGCUGUACCAACUUGACCAUUUAGUGCAAGUUUGUCAUCAGACAGAUCCCGCAGAUAUGAAUGAGGGCUCAGUUAGCUCUGCGGGUGGUAGCGGUGGUGACCCGGCAGCCGACUACAGUUCCGGUGCCAACCACGUACUGGCGGUUAUCCACCAGAUCCUUGGUCAUCACCGUGCCCUUGAGUCGCGCUACCACCAGGCUCGGCUAAAGUUGCACCAGCGACUUGCUCUACUGCUUUAUAAAGAAGACUGCAGGCAGGUGUUAGACUGGUUAGGUAACCACGGUGAAAAAUUCUUAAUAAAAAACACGGGUAUAGGCAGGAAUCUCCACAAAGCUCGAAUGUAUCAGAAAUCUCACGAACAUUUUGAAAAUGUAGCUCAGAACACUUACACAAACGCGGAAAAGUUGCUAUCGGCGGCAGAAGAGCUGGCUCGUUCUGGUGAAUGUGAGGCAGAGGAGGUGCUCGGGGUGGCGCGUGAAUUGGAAGCGCACGUGGCCGCCUUCGCCGCGCGAGUUGAUCGCCGGAGACGUCGUCUCGAUCUAGCAGUGUUGCUCUACACACAUGAGAAAGAACUGCUUCAAUGGCUCGAGACGCUUCGCGGCGGGGGCGGGGGCGGUACGAACACAGUGACGUCUGAUGAGAGCCCUGAGGCGGCGCGGCGUGCUCUGGAGCAGUGCGCGCAGCACAGAGCCGCCUCGCUUGACGCCUGCGCCGCUACCAUUGCACACGGAGAGGCGUUGCUACAAGACCUCAGAUCAUCCGGAGAAACGGAGGCUGCGAGCACGGCGGCGGUGGAGUCCACCCUGGAAAGACUACGGGGCACACGUAGCGCCCUUGAGGAGCUGUGGUCAGACCGCGAGCGCCGUCUCGAACUCACACUGCAGCUCAGACAUUUUGAAAGAGAUGCGCUUGAGGUAUCGUCACGGCUCGAGCUGUGGGGCGAUGAACUGCAGCGCACGGAGCCGCCGAGAGACCCUCAACAAGCAGAGCAAGCGCUCGCUGCGCACAACGAGAGCGUAGCGAGGAUGCAGCAUGCCACAUUUCAAGUCGUGCAACAAGGUCAAGAAUUAGCUGCAGCUAUCGCAGAGGCAUCGGAUGUGAUGGCAUCCAGCUCUGAUAGCUCAGAAGGCACCCCAAUGGAUGCUCAAGCUCGUGUACAGCUUCUCCUCGAAUUUCUUCACGAUAGACAGCUAGAUUUAGAAGAAUUAGCAGAGGAGAGGCGUGCCCGUUUUGAACAAUGUGUCCAACUCGGGCAAUUCCAAAAAGAUGCAGCACAGGUAGUCAGUUGGAUAAGGAACGGCGAGGCGAUGCUAUUAGCAUCUUUCUCUAUUCCGGGGACUCUGUCCGAGGCUGAACAAUUAAAACGAGAACACGAUCAGUUCCAAGUGGCAGUCGAAAAAACUCACGCUAGUGCCGUGCAAGUUAAAUAUAGGGCCGAUGCUCUUCGAGCAGCAAAUCAUUACGAUCCACAUACUAUAAGAGAAAUAUCAGAAGAAGUGACAGAACGGUGGCAAAGGCUAGUAACUUGCGCUGAGGAAAGACACAAGCUAGUGACAGCCUCACUCAACUUUUACAAGACGGCAGAGCAGGUUUGCUCCGUGUUGGACUCGCUGGAACGAGAAUACCGACGUGACGAAGACUGGUGCGGAUCUAGUGCCGCGGCUGCAGCCGCUGCGUCCGCUUCAAAUACCGGUCUUUCCACGGUUUCCUUGUCUUCGGUUUCUUUGACGAGUGACGGGGACGAAAUAAUACAUCUGCAGAAUUUGGAUAAAGCGUCACAGGUUGCCGCGUUAAUAGUGAAGCACGGCGAGCAAAAAGAAGCAUUUCUAAAGGCCUGCACGCUAGCUCGUCGUACAGCUGAAACAUUCCUCAAGUAUGCCGCCCGCUCGGCCCAGGUGCAUGGACAGACAGCGGCCGCCAGCAAGGCACAUCACGAGCAAACACGCGCCAUACUCGACACGUUGCUGGCACAGGAAAACAAGGUUUUGGAGCACUGGACGGUACGUAAGAAGCGUCUCGAACAGUGCCAACAAUUCGCGCUGUUCGAGCGGUCUGCGCGAGCGGCAGUGGAGUGGAUCCGUGAGACCCAGGAGCGAUGCGGAGCGGCCGCGGCGGCGGCAGCGGGCGGCGUGGCUCGCGAGUCCCGCGAACGAGUGCGGUUGUUGGCACAACUUGCGGACGGACUCGUCGAGAAGGGACACCCUCAUGCCGUGCAGAUCAAGGAAUGGGUUGCCGCCGUAGAUGCAAGGUAUGCAGAAUUCAGUGGUUCAAUGGAAGGCGGUGAGAGCGAAGCGGAGAGCGACUCCGGCGUGGCGGCGUCGCUUAGCUCGGGACAGACGAGCGAGGCGGAGCCGCGCGUGGAUCCGCCGCCUGCAGCGACCGCGGACGACAAGCGAAGGAGUGCACGCCGCAAGGAGUUUAUAAUGGCUGAGCUUCUGCAGACGGAACGUACAUAUGUUAAGGAUUUGGAGACGUGUAUCACAUGUUACUUGCGCGAAAUGCGGACCGACCCUGCCGCAGUGCCCAGCGCCCUUCAAGGAAAGGAAGAACUUAUAUUUGGCAACAUUGAAGAGAUCCAUCGGUUCCACGAGCGCGUAUUCCUCCGCGAGCUGGACAAGUACGAGACGAUGCCCGAGGACGUGGGACAUUGCUUCGUAACAUGGGCGCGCGAGUUUGACAUGUACGUGUCGUAUUGCCGGAACAAGCCUGACAGCAAUGCAGCCGUCGUGCAGCACGCGGGCGACUACUUCGACAGGGUUCAACGCAAGAAGAAACUGGAACAUCCCUUAGCUGCCUAUCUUAUAAAACCAGUGCAAAGAAUAACGAAAUAUCAACUGUUACUCAAAGAUUUACAAGCGUGCUGUGCCGAGGGACAGGGAGAAAUUAAGGACGGAUUGGAAGUUAUGCUCUCGGUUCCGAAAAAGGCUAAUGAUGCUAUGCACCUGUCGAACCUGGAAGGAUGCGACGUGCCCAUGGACAGCUUAGGCGAAGUGGUGUUGCAGGAUUCUUUUCAGGUGUGGGACCUCCGACAGAUUAUCAAGAAAUGUCGAGAGAGGCGGGUGUUCCUCUUCGAUCUGCACCUACUCCUCGCGAAAGAAGUCAAGGACACACAUGGCAAGGCCAAAUACAUUUUCAAGACAAAAUUUAUGACUUCCGAGUUGGGUGUAACGGAGCACAUAGAAGGCGACGAGUGCAAAUUCUCAGUGUGGACGGGCCGCGAACCCAUGGCGAGCGACUGUCGCAUCGUGCUCAAGGCGCCUUCUUUAGACGUUAAGCAGACGUGGGUGCGUCGGCUAAGAGAAGUCAUACAGGAAACGUACUUUAGCGGGGCAUUGCAGCAACCUCCGCGCAGUCCAGCCCGAGCGCGGCCCGCCAGCUCGCAGCGGUCCAGUCGAGACUUCGAAGACACCGACACAGACAAUCUUGAUCGAAACUCAUUGGCGUCUUUCGGCAGCGGCAACACGACCGACUCAGACAAGGCUGGAGCGGAGAUGACGUGGGUGGUAGCUGAUCACACCGCUGGAGGCGCAGGCGAGGUGACCGUGACGAAAGGGCAGCAGGUUGAGGUCUUGGAGGCAUGGGCCAUGCGUGCCGACUGGUGGUUGGUGCGCGUGCCCGGUGAACCUCCACAGGAGGGAGCUGUACCCGCCAUUGUUCUCAAGCCCCAACCACAUCAGAAAACUUCUCCCUCCCGUCGACCACUCAGUCAACCAUCCGAAGAACCUAUAGAAGCUUCGUCGUCGGAGCCCGGUGUAAGUGCUAAUGCCGCAAGUCCUGGCAAACACAGGAAGGGAAUUAUUCCAAGGUGGAUACCACGACCUAGCAAGUCGCAGGCAAAGGGCGAGAAGACACCAGGCGGCGCUAAAUCUCCUGCUUCUGCCGAAAAGCCUUCCUUGAAGAAAGUGCCAUCUGAAAAGAAACUCAAGCUACCAUACGCUGAAAAUGCGCGCGUAGAAGAUGGCGAAGGCAGCGCGGCCGCGCUCGACGAUGCGGAGGACGACGCACCCGACCUUGAACUGCCGCCGCCCAUGAAACCGAUACAGGAUCCGCAAGCGGUGUUGCAACAGGCGCCCAUCCCCGCGACCGCCACCACCGCGCCCGCCGCCCGGAACUCAUUGGCAAUGGACGCGCUGGAUUCUAACGGUGGUCCCGCCGAUAUCGCCGAAAUAGAACAAAUAGUCAAGGAAAAAAUGGAGCAGCACGGUGGGGGCGGCACGGGUCCGGCGCGCGGGGCGGACGGGGCCGCGGGGGAGGAAGAGGAGGCGGCCAGUGCCGACUGCAUCGAGGCCACGCUCAAGAAACGCGAGUACGUGCUUCGCGAGCUCUACGACACCGAGAAGAUAUACGUUUCCGACCUGAGCCUCGUCUGCGACGGAUACAUGAAGCACAUGAUGGAUCCCAAUAGCGACCCCCCGAUACCCGAAGGUCUUCGCGAUCGCCGCCUCCGAAUGAUCUUCGGAAACAUACAAGCAAUCUACGAGUGGCAUCGCGAUAAGUUCGUCCGUGAGCUGGAAGGCUGCAUCGAGUCUCCCGAACUGCUGGGACCGCUGUUCCGUCGUUUCCUGGAAAAGAAGAUGUUCCUCUACGAGGCCUACUGCCGCAACAAACCCGUCUCGGAAUACAUCGUCUCCGAACAUGAACACUACUUCCAAGAUCUGCGCCACAAACUGGGACACAAGUUGCAGCUCGGCGAUCUUCUGAUCAAGCCAAUUCAACGCAUUCAAAAAUAUCACCUGCUCGUAAAGAAGAUCCUGUCCUACUCUGAAGUGGCCAACGCCGCCCCCAACGUGAUCUCGUCCUUGCGCGACGCCGUGCAGUGCACCUCCAUCAUCCCCAAGAACGCCAACGACAUGAUGGACGUCGGCCGGCUGCAAGGGUUCGCGGGUAACAUAGCCGCUCAAGGGAAACUACUAUUUCAAGAGCCGCUGGUAGUUUCGGAUGCAAACUGCUCCAACGACAAGGGCAAGGAGCUGCACGUGUUCCUCUUCCAGCAGUGCGUAAUCUUCACCGAGGCCGUGGGCAAGAAGUCUCAAUUCACAAGCCCCACGUACAACUACAAAGCUCACGUUCAGGUGAACAAGAUGGAGUUGGAGGAGAUAGACGGCAGCAACUCAUUCCUCAUUCACUCGGUGGAUCCGAACAAGCCGAAGCAGACGUUCAUGUGCCGCGCGCCCGAGGCCCGCCGCCACCUCUGGAUCUCCACGCUGUCCACCAUACUGCAAUCGCAGCUCAUCUUCGGCGAGCGGCUGGAGAAUCCUAGUGCCUUUCUCCAACGCGACGCUUCCGCUAUGGGUGAGGGGUGGUGCGGGCUCCGCAAGACAGAGAGUGUUCCGCCGUCUAUGGGGGGCCGCUUAGCACCAGAACUUCGUGGUCGCACUCAGCGCCCCCACGCCAAGGCCAAUACUAUCAACCUGCCCUCAAGCGCCCGUGACGACCACAAGAAAGUGCCCAGUAACGCUCCGUUGACCCCUACCUCACCACAGCAUCAUAACGGGUUGUCGAAGCGCGCCUGGGGUCUGAAACUACGGCGUGGUGGGAGCGGGGGCGGUACAAGCGAGCCCAGUGAGGGCGUCGUGACCGAGCUUCGUGCGCCUGAGCUCGCGGAGCCCGUCGUCGAUGUGGCGAUCGCAGCCGGCGCCUCCGCCACACUGGCGUGCCGCGCUCUUGCCACGAGGGCAACCGCCUCUUGGAGGAAAACGGCGCCAGAGACACAUGCCUUGCGCAACGGUGGACGCUUUGCUAUCAGUUUCGGUACAGACGGCCUGGCCACACUCACGAUCCACGCUUGUCGCGCUUCCGAUGCUGGAGUCUACUGCUGUCUUAUCAGCAAUGAACUCGGUGGUGUUCAGAGCUCUGCGCGUUUAACGGUGGGAUCGGGUGGGGUACCAGGUGUUCCUGCAGUGAGAGCGCAUCCGGGAGGUGGACUCGUGAUACAGUGGGAUGAGUCUGAACCUGUCCAUCUAGAAUAUUGUCGUGUCGGUGAAGGAGAAUGGCGACGAGCGACGGAAACACCGGCAUCAGCGAAUACAUUAGCGUUAGAAGAGCUCCCAGCGGGACAGUACAGUUUUCGAGUUGUAAGCGCUCGCAGCGGAGCAGUUGGAGCGGCUUCCGGGCCGGCGACUUGCGGCGGCGGCGGUAGCUGGCAACGCGAACAGUUUGCCCGUCGCUACACUCUCGAGGAAGAGAUUGGGCGCGGUAGAACUGCGCGCGUUCUUACUGCUCGUGACACUGGAACCGGUCAGCGGGUUGCACUAAAACAGGUGGUGAGCGGUCGCGGCGCCGACGCAGUUCGAGAAUACCGCAUCCUAUCGAGCGGUGCCCACGGAUCGGUAGUCCGUGCCUUGGCGCUGUUUGCAGAGGUACCACGUGCGGGAGCCCACACAUUGGUGCUAGAAUUGGUCGCUGGCGGCCCUCUACUAGACUGGGCGGCGGCCUCGCCAGAACUAUACACGGAACGUACAGUCGCUACGCACACAAGACACUUGCUCUCUGCUCUAGACUGGCUCCACUCCAACAACGUAGCACAUCUCGACGUUCGGCCGGAAAACAUUCUGGUAGAGUUAGGUGGAGCUCAACCACAAGUGAAAUUAGUCGAUUUGGGUUCGGCGAUCGAAUUAGACGAGAGCGCUGGAAGUUCCGCCGGGGCCAUGGAGAGUACGACUGUGCUACCCCCCGCCCCCGCCCAGCUCGAGUUUGCACCACCUGAGUGUGUGUUAGGUCGCCCGGCCGCUCCAGCUUGGGAUGCGUGGGCCGCUGGCGUCUUUCUUUACGUAUUUUUAACCGGGUUGUCACCAUUUUUGGAUGAGUCAAUAGAAGAAACAACGGCGAACAUCAUAAAGUGUGACUAUUGCUUCCCGCCGGAGCACUGGUCGGGUGUAGACGAACGUGCGCAGGCGCUCAUUCGCCGCCUACUGGAGCCGGCGCCUAGUCGCCGCCUUGUUCUUCGUGACGCUCUCCGUGACUCUUGGUUUGAAGAGGCCGGGAACACAGUGCUUUCGGCGUCGCAACUCAAAACGUUCCUGGAGAGGCGGCGGCCUUCGGGCCUCGGCAAUGCGCUGCACUCCCUCCGCUCGCCCAACGACACCUGACGAGUGCGCGCUCACUACCGGCCGCUCGCGUCCGCCAGUCAGUGCGAGACCGCGUGCGACGCAAUAUUAGACGACUCGAUAAAGAAGACGCCAUGGAGACUCCGUUCGUCGAAUGCCAAGAAUCAAGUGGAUAACUACUCGUCUCCUUACAACUUCUAUAAAUUAUCUUAUAACAUUUUAAUUUAUAUGGUUUUUAUAAAAAUUUUAGUCGUAAAUGCAGUGAUAAAGCAAGCCACAUGCUAUGGUGUCGUUUUUGAACAAGCUAAUUGUUGUAAAUAAUUCCUUGAGUUCUCAUAAAAAAAUAUAAUUAUUUAAUGAGAUCAAAACAGUGCUCGGUAAUAUCUUGUAUUGCAAAUUAUCUUGUGAACUACGUUCGUCGUGAGGUUAAGCUUUAGUUUUUAUUAGCGUUCGUAUUAUAGUCAUUGUGCCCACCUAUCCAUUACAUUGAUGUUUAUAAUACUUCGAACAUUGCGACUUGUCUCACAGUCAGACAAUAUUUUAGUAAAUUGUCGCUUUUUAAAAUAAUUGAGAAAUUUAUCGUACAUUUGACCUAUUUAUAUAAACUUUCCUUAAAGAUUGGUUCGUCUAAAGUGAUAUAGAAAAAAAUUAUGUAUUAACUGGUUAGAUAGUUGGGAGUUAAUUCAGACGAAUGUCAAUCAAUGCUCUUAAUCGCAUUUCAUAAAACUGCUAAAUCGAAUACUUCUUAGUUCACUAAGAGCUUUAAAGUAUUAAUUAAAUGUACAAUAAGUUUCUCAUUCCAAUAAUAACUUCGAAUUUGAAUGUGAUUUAACUAGUUUAUGGUAUUCCUACACUCGAUACACGAAGUGUAAGUAAAUCAAGUGAAAGUAUAUUCAUGUAAUACUCUUCUUCCUCGAUUGUUCGCUCAAGUUUGUGAUUCAUUCGGAAAACAUGUUAUGAAAAUUCGAAAUCGAUUCGUUGUAUUUGAAGUCGCUGAUUUUGAAAUGAAUACGUACUUCAAUGACGAUUGUAAGCAAAGUGUCUGUGAUUUUUGCCUAAAAUAAUAUUUCAAGCUUAUUCCUAUUUUAAAAUAUGUAUUUUACGUUUAAACUACUAUUGAACUGUAUAUAUCACUAAGUUUUAGCAAACGUCUAGUUUUAUAUUAAUUUGUGACCAAAUUGCAAAAAUUAGAUUUAAGGAACAUGUAACGUGAAAUCUUGAUAUAAGUUACUAUGACAUAACUAGUUGAUAGAGUAAUGUAACCAGUUGAGUCACAGCUUGGCGCUCCGCCUCACGCUGCAUGCGGCGAGUCACGUUUUCAGUUUCACACUUAGUUUAUAUUUAGUUUAAUAGAACAAUAGACCCCUACAAUACUUUUAAUAGAAUACUCGGCUUUUGUCACAAUUUUCCAUUAUUAAAAUUAAUAUACUAUUAUUAGUACCAUAAUUUCAACAGAGCUUCAGUUUUCUAUUUUUUUAAAUACAUAUUAACUGAAAAAAGCAAUACGAUUACAGUUAAAAAUAUAAUAACAAUCUCUAUAAUCACUUUAGUAUAAUUUUUAUUAAGCUAAGAUGGAAAUAUUCACAACCAAUAUUGUGACUGCAAUAAUUUUGCAGGACUAAUAUUUAAGCUUUAAAACGUUAUAAGAAUAUAAAAGUAAUCGCAAUAAAGCCUAAUUUUAACAUUGUAUUAACUGUACGUUACCCGAUAGGAUACACGCGUUAUUCAUAAAUUGAUUCGAUUGAAAUUGUAUGUACGGCGAAGUAACCUCGAACGCGGCGUGUAAUAGUUUUAUAUGGUAAAAAUAUAAUCAAACUUUAAACGCUAUAACUUGUUGCUUUUUAAAGUAAUGUAUCAUUUAUAAACAUGUAAAUCGUUAGACUUGUUUCCACUGUGGUUUCUAAGAGCACCUCCGUAUUUUCCUGAAAAGUGUGACUCGUUAUAAUGAAGGCAUUGUUUCAAACGAUUAUUGAGCAAUCAUCGUGCGAGAGAUGCUUUUAGAAAAGUUCGGUCUUUGGCCGCCGCGCGCGCCGGGGCCCUACUACCGCUGUUCCGCUGUCGAGGCUUCGCUCAUCGCUCAGCAACCGCUGCCGUCUGCUAGUGACACGUCUACUAUAGGAUUGUAUUAGAACUGAUAUAACUCUGAAUAUUAUACUUUAAUAAAUUUCAAUAUAUAGUUUUGUGAAA